CAUUUUACAUUAGUACGUGUGCGAUCCGUGAGUGGAGACGACGCACACGCAAAAUUUUUUAGCUCCCGCAAAAACACUCUUUACAAUCUUGUCCCUUGUGUCUACACAACUCGUUGUUUAUCAUAAUACAUACAUAUAUAUAUACACAUAUUACAUUUAACAAUACAAAUAUAAAAUAAUAAUUAUAAAAUAUUAUUUUUACGGUCAUAAAUUUAUUUACAUUCCCUGUGAUAUUUGUUUAUUUAAUUUGCUUUUUUUUAUCGGUCAGCAAUCGCUGAGUUAAUUUUUAAAACUCAUAUUUAGUAACAUUCAUUUUUAAACAAGAUUGUGAAGAUAUUUUAAAAUAGUUUUUUUAAAUUUUUAAAUGUCGUGAAAAUAUUUGAAUUUAACUUACGUUUAAUUUUUCAAAUUUUUAUUUUAAAAUGUCCAGAGUUGAGCGCACGAUGCCGUGUGUGUUGAUUCUUUCAUUUUAAAUAUAACGGUGUGUAUAAAUAAGUAUGAGCAAUAGCGCGAGUACGCAAGGUUGCUGUCGUCGAUGAUGAUUUUGCGGAGAGUUUGAAUAGUUAUUUACCAUUAAUGUUAAUUUUUAAUCGAACAAGUAUAAGAAGGAAGUAAUAAACUACAAUAGUAUUGUUUCCUCGGGACAUGAUAUGAAGACAGAGAGAAGAAAGAUCGAGGAAUUGAGAAAAUGAAAGCAAUCGAUGAGAUAGAAAUGUAGAGGGAAUUUAAUUAAAAAGUGAUAGCGCGUAUGUACAUAUCCAUAUACAUAUACAUAUACAUAAAUAAAUAUAUGUGUAGUUGUUUAGAGUGUUACUGAAACAGUGUAGGGUCUAUACUCUCGAGGUUUUAGCAAGAACAAGGAUUGUGCUCUAGACUUACGACAAAUCACAGCUUGUUUUUUGGAUACUAACGUAAUUUAACAAUGGGAAUUAUAAAUGUUAUUAUUAAAGUUUAUUUACGAUCUCAAUUUUUUAUUUAUUUAUGUGAAUCAAAUAAUAAUGAACUUGUCGGUUGUCGAGAAUCAAGGGCGUGAGAUGUUGCAGCAGGCAGAAGACUGCUCUGAAGAAAAUCCUGAUACCUGUAUAAUGAUCGGAAACUUGAGUACAUUUACAAGGAUACUUGCACAAUUGUGCGAACAGCGAGCAACUGUUCCUAUGAGUGCCUCUCAUUCGUUACACUGUAAUGGAAAUGAAAAUAAUGGUAAAAUUGGAUCAAAAAGGAUGGCGUAUCAAGUAUUUUUGGGUGGAUCCUGUAAUCCUACAACCUGGCGUUCAGAGAUAGCGAUUCCUACACUUCAAAGACUUGGAAUUACUUAUUAUAAUCCGCAAGUCUCUCAAUGGGGACCGGAACUAAUAGCUCAAGAAUACGAGGCAAAAGAAACGGCACAAGUUUUGCUUUUUGUAAUUGAUAAUGAAACUCGUAAUACUGCUAGUAUUAUUGAGGCGGCUCAAUUAGCGGCGACGCGAAGUCAUUCAUUAGUACUUGUUGUUUAUCAUUAUCAACAAAAUCAAAAGAUUUUAGGAGAAACCAUAUCCGCACAGGAAUAUUGUGAUUUAAUGAAUGGACUAUUAGUACUUGAAUAUUUAAUGGAAAGACAAAGAAUUCCUAUAUUUGAAAGUAUUUCCGGUGCUUUAAAUGGAACUUCAAAAAUUCUUCGAGAAGAAAUAAAUGUUCAAGAUUUGAACCACGAAGAUGGAAUGAAACCUGUCCAGAAUUCUACUCAUAAAAAUGGCGUCGAUACAAUAACAUUAAAAGAAGUGUUUAAUUCUAUCGAUGCCAAUCAUACGGGACUCGUCCGUUUAGAAGAUGCCUGGAGAGCGCUGCAAUCAAGUAUUAAGUGCAAUAUGUCAAUGUCAGAAUUAUUUAAUGCCAUUAGUAAAUCAGAUUCCUAUGAUAGUGUAAUGAAAAACUGUUCGAGUAUAGAAGAUUUAGCAGAGCAACAAAUAAAUUUAGAACAAUUUUGGGCGUUAGCGAAUGAAUGGAUGCAACGCUCGAAAAACAAUACAACAUGUGAAGACUGGAUGCACAGUCAUGUGCCUGAUUCAGAGAAACGUGAUUUGUAUAUUGGCGUCGUUGGUAAAGAUCACAUUUGGUUGGAAUCAUCUGCCAUACCGCUGAUUGAAUCAGUAGGACUAUCAUUAAACCGACCGAGUACAAAUGAUUACACAGUGAUGACAUUGCCCUCAGAAUUACAACGAAUGAAAAGCUCACGAGUAAUUUUACUAGUAUUACCUCAGCAUUCACGAGGUAUUGCUAUUGCCGCAUUGGCAGCUCAUUUAAUUGGACUACGCGCUAAGCUCGUCCUUUGUAUACAAUUAAUGCCAGACGGCUGUGUUGUUUCCGGUGAAAAGUUGACCGAGCAAGCUACAAAAGACUACAACCGCGGUAGAAUGUAUCUCUCGGACUAUGCAAAGCGCGAAAGUGUACCUGUAUUUCAGAAGAUCGCUGACGCACUACAGCACGCGAUAAAGCUAGUUCAAAGUUCCUGUUGACUUAUAUAAUAAUAAUAAUUAUUAUUAAUUUUAUUUCUAAUCGAUAUUUUUUUAAAAAUUGUUUUUACUUUGCUAUAACAAUUUAGGUGCACUCAUACAAUUGACUAAUUUAUUUUUAUUCGAUUCAUAAUUCAUUCGCGCUUCUGUCGUGUUCCUUUAUCUCUGGGUCGGGUAUUUUUACUGACCCUUCUAAGGAUUCAUUUCAUCUGUCAUUAAUUUUUAUAUUUUUACUUAAUUACUUUUCUGUUAAUCAAUUAUUAUUAUUAUUGUAAUAAUAAUCGUGAGAAUCCGAUAAUGACUGUGUACUUACUACACAUUCGUGAAAAUGAUUUAUGAUAAAUUUUGAGCUUUAAUAUUAAUGUAAUAUUAUUAAUACUAUUAUCAUUAUCAUUAUUAUUAUUAUUGUUAUUAUUUCAUUACGAUCAUUAUCAUUGUAACUUUUAUUCAUUUGAGAUUUACGCUCAUCAACGCCAUUGUUUAUCAUUUAUUUUGUAAAAAUUAUUUUUAAAAAUGUCUUGUUGGUUAACUAAAUUUUUUUAUUUUAUUAUUUUUAAGGCAACUUUUUUUUUUUUUUUAAAUCUUAAUAAUGAGAUAAGAUAAUUACUGUUGUGCAGUUAUUGGAUACUUAAUUAUUUACCGACAAAAAGACAAUAUAUCCGUUAAGUUAACGAUCAAAAAAUUAUUUAUCGUAAUUUAUAGAUCUAUAAAACAAAACCCGAAUUUACUUGUGUAAAUUUAAAUUUAAAUAUAAUAAAAUCUGUCGCGUUAAUUUUUGUCUGGAAAAAAAAUAAUCUCAUAAAAACAAAUUCAAUUAUUUGAAUUUAUUGUUGGAUAGUAAAAUAUU